GUGCGUCUAUCUCAUUCAUGGUGAUUGUAUGGAAAGUGCGUAUGAGGGGUGAGCGGCUGCGGCUGUCACUUGCUGUGUCUGAGACUCCUGGCAGUUCAGCUCAUGGGGAACAAGUGAGCUCCUGGCUGUGUCUCUCUCUGGAUCAUAUUAGAGAACGUGUUCUACGUUGCCCAGUAAAUAAACAGAAUGGAUAUUCCCUGCUCGCUUUCAGCCAGGUUUGAAGGAUCUUUUGCAUAUUUCACAGUGAAAGACAGACUGUCUCAAAUUUUGACCAAAGUGAUUGACACAGUUCAUAGAUAUAAACACAAGUUUCUAGAAGAAUAUGGAGAGGAGGGUAUAGAUGGAGAAAAGAGAGCUUUAGCCUACUUUUCCAAGCUACGUAAUGAGAUGCAAACAGAUAAGCCUAUCAUUCCCAUCAUUGAUGACCUUCCAGAUACACAUAUCUGGAAUGAGUACCUGCAGUACCAGAAAUCAUUACUUGGUGAUGGUGAACAGCCAAGCUGGUUCCGAUCUCCUUGGCUGUAUGUAGAAUGUUACCUUUAUCGUAGGAUUCAUGAAGGUAUGACACUCAGCCCUCCUAUAUCUACGUAUGAUGUGUUCAUGGAAGCAAAAAAUGAUGCUUACUUGCAAUCUGAGAAUGCUAUUAUAGCACUCUGCACACAUCUUCAGGAAUUCAAAAAAAACAUUGCAGAUACCCCUGAAGCUGGAUGCAAAGAAGCAUUCUCUAAACUGCUGCAGGUGUCUUUAUGGGGAAACAAGUGUGACCUUUCGAUUUCUGGUGGGCAGGAUAACUCUCAGAAAUUCAGCAUUUUAAACUCUUUGGAAUCUUUCAAAUCCAACAUUCUAGUCGACAACACAGAAUCUGUAUGGCAAAUCCUUUCACAGAAAAAAGAUUCUAGUCGAAGAGUUGACAUUGUGUUAGAUAAUGCUGGAUUUGAGCUAAUUACUGAUUUUGUCUUAGCUGAUCUACUGUUGUCUUUGAAGCUGGCUACCGAAGUUCACUUCCAUGCUAAGUGCAUCCCUUGGUAUGUCUCAGACACCACUAAGCGUGAUAUUGACUGGACUAUCAAGCAACUCUUAAGUACAAACAACAGGUGGAUGUCCAAGUGUGGAGAAAUCUGGAAAGAGAACCUGAAGAAGGGUCGUUGGGUUUAUCACGAGCAUCUGUUUUGGACUUUGCCGCAUGAGUUCUGUAGCAUGGCUCAGACUGCUCCUGAUUUGUAUUCUGAGCUGCAGAAAUCUGACUUGGUUCUAUUUAAAGGAGAUUUAAACUAUAGGAAGCUGACUGGAGAUCGGAAAUGGGACUUCACUGUACCUUUUACUCAAGCUCUCACAACAUUUCAUCCCGCACCAUUGUGUAGUGUAAGAACCCUAAAAUCAGAUGUGCAGGUUGGCCUAAAACCUGGCGCAGGAGAGCAGCUAGCUGCGUCUGAAACUGACUGGAUGAUUUCUGGCAAAUAUGGAAUUAUCCAGUUUGACGCUUCUGUAUGAAUUUGCUCCAGUGUGUUAAAACUCCACCUCCUCAUACAA